CUGAUCUAUAGACUUUGAUAUGUAGGACUAUCAUUGCGGGCAUAGAGUAAAACUUCCUUGUAGUUUGGGCGGGAAAAUGACAAAUGAAAAACCGUCUGCCAAUAAAUGAAGCGGCCUAUGGCAGUGGCCACAUAAGGUAGAGGAAAGUACUUGAGCAGUACCAAACGGCUGAACAGAACAGUGGAGGUGGAUUCUGCAAAAUAAGAGAUCUGGUUGAAAAAGAGGUUUGGAUCCCGUGGCUUUUGAGUGGAUUACUUUACAAAGCUCGGCAAUGUCAAUGCGAACUUUUACUAUUGUUAGGUGUAUUUAGGUUUCUCAAGUUUCAGUCAAGAUGACGACCUCGAUCACUCAAACUAUUGGAUUUCUCGUGAAUUCCUCUGAGUGCUGUCAUGAGUCAAUCGCUUUCACAACCAAAACUCUCUUCGGAGAAACGACUACUACUAGCAGCAUCCCAACCAUCACCACAGACGAAGCCGCAGUGGUGCAAGCCACAGCGGGGCAAGCUGCCUGGCUUAUCCCGGUCAUCUUUGGGCUGAUCACGGUCUGCGGCGUGGUUGGUAACUUCCUCGUGAUCUACGUGAUUGUCCGUCACGGUCACAUGAAGACCGUGACGAACUACUACAUCGUGAACCUAGCCGUUACUGAUAUCUCCUUUCUGCUCUGCUGUGCACCGUUCACGGCUACUCUAUUUGUGUCUCCAAACUGGCUCUUCGGGAGAUUCAUGUGCAAGUUCGUCUUCUACAUGAUGCAGGUGACUGGUCAGUGCACGUGUCUAACACUGACAGCUAUGAGUGUGGACCGGUACCAGGCUAUUGUUCAUCCAAUCAAAUCACUCAAGUCUCGUACGACCAGAGUAGCGUGCAUUGUCAACAUGUGCAUCUGGAUUGGAUCACUGCUGAUCUCCGUGCCGGUGGCCAUCUUCUUUGAUUUAUCCCUCUACAUCAACCUGUUGGUCUGCUCUGAGAUGUGGCCCCUGGACAUCAUGUUCCCUGGAUACGCCGUCUUCAGCUUUAUCCUCCUCUACGUCAUUCCCAUCUUCACCAUUUCCGUCUGUUACAGCCUCAUGCUCCGCAAGCUGUGGUCUCGCGUGUCACCUGGUGAAGACAACAACUCCCAUCUUAACAACGCCCGUCAGAAACGCAAAGUCACCCGCAUGGUCCUGGUGGUGGUGCUGGUCUUCGCUAUCUGCUGGCUGCCCACCUACAUCAUCAACCUCUGGAUCCGUCUUGACCCGUACUUCCCCAAGACCAACGCCACGUAUAUUUUCAAGAUGGCGGCGCACACGUUGUCGUACGCCAACUCCAGCGUCAACCCGUUCGUGUACGCCUUUAUGGGAGAGAACUACAGGCGGUACUUCAAGAAGGCGUUCCCGGUGUGCUUCCGCCAGCGAGUGAGACGUCCCACGGACUUCACGACAUCUCGCACGGACCCUACUGGAAACUUCAACGGGGGAACUGCGGGUAUUGGUGGGCGGACUGUUGAAACCGUUGCGUUGGACUAACAAAGUGAAUGAUUUAGGAUUAAAGUGACAUACUGCGAUUCUCUGUUUGUCGAACCUACAUUUUAUUUUAUUGUUGUAUGGUAACUGCAUACAAAAUGUGUAUACAUGUAUAAGUUCUUAAUAAUAGUAAGGACACCUCCUCGACGAUAAUAUGUGGUCACUUAUUUUGUGCACUUCCUUUUCCUUAAAGGGGAAAGUAUACGUUUGGUUAUCACUUUUAAAAUUUAUUCAUAAAUACCACAAACAGUUUCG